CGAAUCUAUUGUGGUCUAAUGGCGCCAAGGUCAAGGUCAGGGUUAAGGGUCGCAAAUCUGAAGACAUGGGUAUCUUGAGUGCUUGCAUCAUAUUAUUGGCUACCGCGGAGGCUCCACAGGGUUGAAAACGUUGAUGUGGGAGACUUGUGUGUAUGUACAUAUUCUACAUUGAGUCCUGAUAAGCCGAAAAUUUUCUAAUCAGUAGGGUACCAUUCCCGCCACGACCUCAUUCUACCCAAUUCUCGCUAUGGUGAACUGGAACGAUCCUGACCUCGAAGCGAAAUUGGGGACACUUUCAGCACAGUUGUUGUAUGCUAUCCUUGGCUUAUACGGCUGGGAAUAUAUAUGCUCUUCACAUGUGGAGAUAGCACUACUUCGGAGGAAGCUUCCAUUCCGAUGGCCUUUGCUCUCGUACAUUGUCGCUAGAUUUAGUUUCUUGAUUGCGACAGUUCGGCUCGCAGCACAAUUUAGUCCCUUUCACACAAUCGUUGAUUGUCAGGGCAUGAAUUUAAUCACCACAUUUGCGACAAACGCCGCCAUCGGUUGCUCCACAACAAAUCUGAUGAUCAGAACGUGGCUUAUCUGGAAAACCAAUUACCUGCUGCGCUUCUUGCUAGUCCUCUUCUCACUAGGUCAUUGGACAAUGCUCACUCUUUUCCUUGUAACCACUCGUGCGUCCACCAGAAGCGGGGUGUGCAUGAUCAGCUUUGUCAAACCUGCAUAUACUAGUGCGGUGAUCAUAUAUGGUACGCAUGUCGCAUUUAUGAUCAAUGGAUACGUGAUAAUCAGUACCUCGGGUGUAGGCAUGUUGUAUGAUUUGGCACUUUUGGUCUUCACAGUUAUUGGACUUUUGAGGAUGCCAUCAUCUUCUCCGCUAUGGAAAAUGCUCCUGAAACAAGGGGUGGUAUACUUCGUCCUCAAUUUGGUAGCAAACCUUAUCCUACUGGUGCGUUCCUUGUUCUCCUACAGGCUUGUCGCAGACCAAACUUUGUAGACCCUGAAUAUUCUGAACCUGAAUCCUAUCAUGGAUUCUAUAUUCUCAACGCCUGGUAUGUGCCCAUGAUUUGACUGAGUUUUGUAGCUGACCUUUGGAAAGCGGCAUGCAUCUGGUCAGGACUCUCGUUGCGACUUCCCGUUUAGAUGCAUGACCUACUUUCAUUUGCAGCACGAUUGCAUCUAGCCAAGUGGUCCUUGCGCUCCUCCGUCCUUCGACCACUUUCGAAAGGUUUUUCCUGUUUUCUUCUUCAUUUGUAUGUGUUACCAGUCUUAUUCGUUGCGAAUAGCGACAGUGCCCCGUCGACUAAAGUGCCUCCGCUGACGAGUGACUUCACCGUUUCAGGGUAAAAUUCUUUGUCUGAGAUGCGUGUACCGCGGUUGACUGU